CUAAAGGUCUCAAUUUUUCUUUUUUAUUAGCUCCACUAUACCUUACAUCUCGUCAUCUCUAACUCCAUUAUAUUUCUUUCUUUCUUUCCAACAAACAUUUCAUCACUUUCUUCUUUUGCAGUCCAAAAUUGCAUCACAAUUAAUACUCUUUUAAAUCUUGAGACAUCAAAGAGUUACAAGUCUCCAUCAUUUGCAGAGCGAUGAGUGGGUCUAUUCACGCGCCGCCAGAGUUCGACUCCGGCAACGGCGAUUCAGUAGCCUCCACACCUCGCUCGGAGCACCACCACCACCACAUGUAUGAUGACACCACCGCUACACAGCCACGUGCCCGUUUCAUGUGCAGCUUCGGUGGCAAAAUUGUGCUCAGGCCACACGACAAUCAACUUCGUUACGUCGGCGGCGAUACUCGAAUUGUUGCGGUGAACCGCCACACUACCUUCGCAGCUCUCCUCGGAAAACUCUCCAAACUCAUCGGAUAUCCAAACAUUAACAUCAAGUACCAGCUACCUAACGAGGAACUGGACGCUUUGAUAACCGUCACAACCGAUGAAGAUUUGGAGAAUAUGAUGGAAGAGUACGAUCGGCUUACGCAGAAUCAGAAAUCGGCUCGGCUUCGUCUCUUCCUUUUCCCUAACGAUUCUGGUUCCAGAGCCAGCACUAUCAGCUCCAUCCUCGACGGCUCAUCUAAGCGAGAGCAAUGGUUUGUUGACGCUCUCAAUGGUGGCGCCGGUCCGGGUCUGGAGCGUGGGCGAUCCGAAGUAUCGUCUAUUGUUUCUGAAGUUCCGGAUUACUUGUUCGGGCUGGACAAUUCCGAUGACCCGCCCCGCGAAUCAAAAUUCGUGAAGAACAAGAUAAUUUCGGAGCCGGGCUCACCCGCUCCGCCCAUUGUUUCUUCUCCUUAUUGCUCUAUUUCAUCAUCAUCUAUGACAGUGAUGCCGGAUCUUCCACCGGUUAAAACAAAGCUCGACAAACCAAAUCCGUCAGCUGAAUUUAGAGAAACACCGGUUGUGAGUGCGACUGAAACCGGUGAAAGGACGGUUCAACAGCAACAACAGAGUUAUCCAAGUAGUCCACUAUGGCAUUACCCAGCACCACCGGUGCAAACCAUACCCGUUUACUAUGUCCCGGGUUCGGUUCAGCCCGGAAAUAUCCCGGUUCAACCCAUUACAUUAAGGGCUCCAUAUAUUCAUCCUUUUCCAGUUCCUCCGAAUCAAUUACCCGUCGGGUAUCCACCCGCUUCAAGUAUGGGCCAAGUAUAUAGUGGAUUGAGGCCGGUAAUGAGUGUUGACCCGAAUGAAUUAAGGGUUGUUACUGAAGGAAUGAAUUACUAUGCAGUUAGGAAUUCAGGAGUUGUUCCGGGUUAUGGAGGUCCAGUUAGCGAAGAAAUGCAGGGAUCCGGAGGUGAUGGAAUGUCGGGUCGGGUCUCCCAAUGAUUAAAAGGUUUGAUUGAGAAGCAUAUUUGGUGUGCUACCGUUUGUGUUGAGCAUUUUGUUUUAAUUUGAAGCAAAGUUUCGUGAAUGGUAAAUAAAUUGUAGUAAUUGAUAAUCUAUCCUCCAACUUUAAUAUGUAAGUAUUUGAUUAGUAAAAAAGCAUUUAAGCAAAGUAACUUGUCAAUGUUUAGAAGGUUUUGGUAUGA